GUGCACUCCAGGCACAGGGGCGUGUCGAGUUAACUCUUUGCUCUGAAUUUUCCUGCAUUUGAUCUGAGCAUUUUUAAAAAAGACUUCAGCUUCUGUUAGGGGGAUUUCAGCUGAAGCUUUGACCUGGUUUGAUUUUUUUCCCUCCUCAUUUUGCAAGUCAUGUUUAUUUUCCACAGGAAGAGAGUUUAAAGAGCAAACAUGGCGGCUUCCUUGCUCAGAAUUGGACGACUGGGAUCUCUAAAGGCCCUGCAGGCAGAGAGCUUGAGUGCAUUACAAAAAGCCCCAGCAGUUGCUCUCAGUUCAAAAUCUGGGGAGGGCAAGAAGUCCAAAAAGUCCAGCAAAGAAAAGUCCACAGCAAAAACGUACUUUGAUAUAGAAAAACUUAUCCAACACAAAUCCUACCCAGGAGUCGCCAAGGAGGUUGUAACACCCGCUGCUGCUGCUGCUGCUGCUGCCACCGCUGCGGGAGCUGUGUCUGCAACUGCUGCAGCCAUUCCUAAGCAAGCCCCUACUGCUGAAGCCAUUAGUGCCCCUGCACUAAGUGAAACUUCACCUGUUGCAGAGGUCUGUCCAGCUGCAGUGGAAACCACACCUAUCGUUGAAGUUGCUGCUGCUCAACCGGCUGUAGAAGCUGUAGCACCAGUUGCAGAGGUCAUAGCCGAAGCUGCGCCUGUUGCUGAAGCUGCAACAGAAGUCGCUUCCCCUGUUACUGAAGCUGUGAGUGAAACUUUACCUGCAGCAGAAACUUCACCAAGUGCUGCAUGCAUUAUUGAGGUUGCACCCACUGCUGAAGCUGCUGUCCCUGUAGCUGAAACCACAUCUGUUGCAGAAACCCCGGCCACUGCUUCUGCAGCUGAAGCCAUACCCAUUGCAGAAGCUACCCCAGAAGAAGUUGGUCCUCUUACUGAAACUGCACCUGUCCUUGAAGCAGUCCCUGAAGAAGUUGCUGCAGAAGUCACAGCUCAGGCAGCUCCUGCAGAAUUUGCUCCAGAAGUUACAGCUGAAGCAACCCCUGCUGCAGUUAUCUCAGAAGCUGCAGUUGAUCCAGCCCCUACAGAAGUUGCUCCAGAAGUUACAGCUGAAGCAACCCCUGCUGCAGUUAUCUCAGAAGCUGCAGUUGAUCCAGCCCCUACAGAAGUUGCUCCAGAAGUUACAGCUGAAGCAACCCCUGCUGCAGUUAUCUCAGAAGCUGCAGUUGAUCCAGCCCCUACAGAAGUUGCUCCAGAAGUUACAGCUGAAGCAACCGCUGCUGCAGUUAUCUCAGAAGCUGCAGUUGAUCCAGCCCCUACAGAAGUUGCUCCAGAAGUUACAGCUGAAGCAACCCCUGCUGCAGUUAUCUCAGAAGCUGCAGUUGAUGCAGCCCCUACAGAAGCUGCCCCAGAAGUUACAGCUGAAGUAACCACCACAGGAGUUGCCCCAGAAGCUACCCUAGAAGUUACAGCUGAAACAACCACCACUGCAGUUGCCUCAGAGGCUGCAGUUGAAGCAGCCCCCACAGACAUUGUCCCAGAAGUUACAGCUGAAACAGCCCCCACAGAAAUUGCUCCUGAAGUUAUGGCAGAAGCGACCCCUACAGAAGUUGUCCCAGAAGUUACAACAGAAGCAGCCCCUACAGAAGUUGCCCCAGAAGUUGCAGCUGAAGCAGGCUCCACAGAAGUUGCCCCAGAGGUUACUGCUGAAACAACCCCCACAGAAAUUGCAGCUUCACCUUCUCUAGAAACUGAUGCUUCCCCAGUUACAGAAUCUGUUGUUGAGACAGUCAUAGAAGCUGCUGCUGAAGCAGUAACUGAAGUCAUUGCAGAAACUGUCCCUGUCGAAGCUGUUGCUGAAGUAGUGGAAGUGAUUGCUGAAACUGUAGCUGAAGUUAUCAGUGAAGUUGCCCCUGCAGAAAUGCAGGAAGAUAUUGCCACUGUGAUCACAGAUGCAGCAGAAGCUCCUGUCGAAGUGGAAGCGUCUGAGGCUGUUUUGGACCCUAUUCAGAAACUCUUCUUGGAUUCCAUUCGCAGCUAUUCCUCAGUGAGCACGGGAACUGGUGGUCUAGUUGAUGCAGGUCCCGAAUACCACAAGGCCCUGGCUGAGGAAAUCGCCAAACUACAAAGGUUAUAUGGUGGUGGAGACCUGGAAUCAUUCCCAGAGUUUAAUUUCCCUGAACCAAAGCUAGAUGAAGUGUCUCCCAAGUAAACAACCUUUUCACACCAUUAUUCCAUCUCGUGCCUCAGCCUGGGACAAAUACAAUGACCUUGGUUGCUCUUUUUUUGCCAUUUAUUUUUAUGAGACUGUGAAACCUUUUCAUCAUUCAGAUGCAAAGCAUCUAUUUCUACAUGUAUUGAAUUACAGGUUGGAAGGACAUUAUUUAGUAGCUCUGAAAAAUUAUAUGUAUCUACACGCUGUAAUUUUCUGCAUUUUUCUAGGUUUCUAUGAGUAGAGGAAGAAAUGAAUAAAUAUAUCCAUGUACUGUAUGUAUUGUUUUUCUGUGUGUCUGACCUGGUUGUGGAUCUCUAAAAUUCAUGGACAAUAAAUUUUUUCUGAUGUUC